AUGCGGGAGGAACGCCCCGCGAUUCCCGCGGAUGCUCCCGUAGACAUUGCAGAGAUGGUGCCCAAAUGCUGGGCCCAGGAGCCGAAGGACCGCCCGACGUUUCCAGUGCUGUGCAACAGGGGGAACAUCCACCGACGACUUCAAGCGCAGGUAGCUCUUGAUUUUGGGGAACGAUUGAAUAGCCUGGGGGAUGGCCCCGCGGUACAUAUCAUAUGA